ACUUUGAGAUGCAUAUGGUGAUGGCUGGAGGCCUGGUUACCUGAUUAAUAAGGCAUCGAUUACACGAUGUGCUCCGUAAGAGCCGCUCCUCCUGUUUCAACUGCUGCAGGGUCGGACACUCCUGGACGCGGAUGAAGUUUGCUUCCGAAUUGGGCAGCUAUGACGGACUCUAAUGCUCCACCCAUGGCUGUGGCCAGUGAACUCCAUCAACGCUCUCAGUCGGGGCCGCUUCAAAUGUCUAGGCGAAGGAGGAAAGAAAAGAGGCGGAGAGCGGCCGUGGUGGUACUUGGAGACCUGGGCAGGAGUCCUCGUAUGCAAUACCAUGCUCUGUCUCUCGCUCGUCAGGCUGGUCUGCACGUUGAUGUGGUGGCACUUGCAGGAACGGAGCCCCAUGCCGGACUUUUACAACAUCCAUACAUCCAUCUUCAUCUCAUGAGAGCUCCUUUUCCGCAAGGUCUACCUCGGAUAUUGUAUCUCUUGCUUUUACCGGUGAAACUGAUGAUACAAUUUUUAACACUUGUAUGGUUCCUAUGUUUUCAAAUACCUGCUCCAGACUUUUAUUUGGUACAGAACCCGCCGUCAAUUCCUACAUUGUCAGUGGUGAGGAUUGCCUGUUGGCUCCGUCAGGCCGCUUUUAUUAUCGAUUGGCACAAUUUUGGCUAUACUAUUUUGGCCCUAUCUUUUAGCCCAAGACAUCUUCUUGUGAGGCUUCAUACCUGGUACGAAAAAUUAAAUGGAAAGACAGCAGAUGGGUACUUAUGUGUGACCAAGGCUAUGCAGCAUGAAUUAGAGCAGAACUGGGGAAUCCGGGCUACUGUUGUCUAUGAUCGUUCUCCUGAAUUUUUUCGACCAAUAACUUUGAAAGAGAAGCAUGAGCUGUUUUGCAGGCUAAAUGCGGCUUUUACUCAACCCCCUGGUGGUAUGCGGGAUUGCUGUUGUGAUGGGGUACUUGAAGUCCCAACACUAGCAAACAAAGAUGGAUACGCUGAUUCUGGUGAAGGCCCCUCUGUACGCGUGGAACGCUCUUUAUUCACCGUUCAUACAACAGCAGGUGACAUAGAUGGAGAGAUUUCAGGUGGUGAUCAUUGCUCAUAUGAAGAGGGCCGGCCUGCGCUUAUCGUGAGCAGCACUAGCUGGACCAAAGAUGAAGACUUUGGGAUAUUGCUGGAGGCAGCAGUAAUGUACGAUCGCCGUGUUGCAGCUCUGUUAGGAGAGAGUGACUCUGCUUCCUUCAAUCAGACAUCAGACACAUAUUCUUAUUCUAGGAAACCAAGUCCCUUUCCCCGUCUUCUUAUCGUUGUGACUGGGAAGGGUCCAAUGCGAGCGAUAUACGAGGAACGCAUAAGCAAGCUACGGCUACAGAGAGUGGCAAUUCGAACCAUGUGGUUAUCAGCCGAGGAGUAUCCUCUCCUACUCGGUGCUGCAGAUUUGGGUGUAUGUCUUCAUACAUCCUCCUCUGGCUUGGAUCUUCCUAUGAAGGUGGUGGACAUGUUUGGGUGUGGUCUUCCAGUUUGCGCAGUCUCAUACUCUUGCAUUGACGAGUUGGUAGUGAACCGCCACAAUGGUCUAUUAUUUUCCUCAUCCUCAGAGUUAGCGGAUCAUCUAUUGGAUUUGUUUAAAGGCUUUCCAGAUGCUUGCAAUUUGUUAGAUACAUUGAGACGUGGUGCAAGUGAAUCUGGGUCAUCAUCUCGUUGGGACGAUGAAUGGGGCGAGCAUGUUCUGCCUCUUCUUACGCAGGUCACAGAAGGGAUGAUCUCAUGAUUGUUGAAGGGCUUAGAGGGCCUCUACAGCGUGGUACAAAAUGCACUGGUUCUGAGGAACGCUUCUCUUCUAAGUCUGAAACAAUCUAGGGAAUAUCUUGCUUUUUGCUGAGCUUUUGAAAGACUCAGGAAGUUGCUCUUUCUCUGCAUUGGACUUCGCUCCGAUUUCGAAACAGCAUUAGUGAAGGCUUUUAAUAAUAUGUUCGAGCAUCAAGACUCUUGACCUGUGGAAUAUACUUGAGAAAUAUUUCGAGUUGGAUGAAUUACCGUUCCGCUUUGGACCAAUACCAACCCCAAAUUUGUAAGGAAUAACUAUAAAGAGAUCUGGAAUUACAAAGAGUAAAGCUGUUGGAAUAUAGGUGCUACUCGGAAUUGAAUAAAUGUUAUGGUCGUUUAUGAGGCAGUAUUCCUUGUCUCAUUGUAA